AUGGACCAUGUACAUGGUGCCUUGACGGCCUUGGUUCCGCUCGACCCUUCGACAAAGUCUGGCCUGGAAGCUUACGACGCCUCGAUUCGACAAUACCUGGCGACUUUGAGGAAGAGUGCCGCUGAAAUUCAAGCGGUAGUCCUGAGCGACCCAGAGGGAAUCUUCAAGAUUCUAGAUCCCGCCCAACAUUCAAUCGGCUACCUACACGUACUGGAUAUUCUGCUGAGCCCCAGCAAUUCCGCUCCGCUUCCCAUCUCGUCAAACGUAUUGCUCGACAAGAUUGUCGAUUUCCUGCUAAAGUUUGAUCACAUUCAGGUCCGAUAUGUCGGGCCAGAGAUGCUUGCCCUCAUGGAGAGGGUGGGUAGCGGCCAGCUCUUUUCGCCAUUGGUCUCAGUUUCCUUACUGUCCCAAGCGAUGAAAAAGAUUGACGCCAGGACGUGCUUGUUCACUUCGACACAUCUGCUGCUGGCUAGGCUAGCGUACCAUUCCAACGCCGUCGACGAAGCCAUGGAAGUCCUUGGUGGCGCCAUCUACCUCUACCCAAACAUGGCCGGCUCAAAGGAGAACAAGCUCCUCUGCGACCCGACGCUGGCCCCGUUUUCCUACCUGUCUGCGCAAACGGGCCUUAGCGGGACGGUUCGGCCCUCGAUGAUUCUGGAGUACGACCACAUCAGAGGCCUGAUUUACACGUCCAGGCGAGAUUGGGGCAAGGCUGAGGCAGCCUUCCAGCAAGUGAUAUCCUACCCGUGCAAGGAGCGAGUCGUCAGCAAAAUCAUGGUGGACUCGUACAAGAGAUGGAUUUUGAUAGGGCUACUCAGAAGAGGCAAAGCACCCACGACGCCUGCCUUUACAUCGUCAAACGCGAAUUCCUGCUACAUGACUGCAGCCAAGCAUUACUUGAACGUGGCGGAAACAUUUGGCACAACCGGUGCCGGGGUUCUCAAGUCGCUGGUGGAGGAAAACGCUGCGACCUGGGAAGAGGACGGGACGGCAUCCCUCAUGGCCGAGAUUCUGUCGUCGUACCAAAAAUGGCAGGUUCUUGGCCUGCGCGACGUCUACCAACGGAUAGGGCUCGCGCGAAUCCGAGCAACGACACUCAGCGCCGAGACGGGGACGGCUUUGGAAGACGACGACGCAGUUGCCGCCUUGCUGCGCGACAUGAUGGAGUCCGGGAUGCUCCAGGGCGAACUGGAGCAGCAGGGCGAUGAGCGGUAUCUGCUGUUCAGCCCGGACAGCGACGUGGUGUCGGAGGCGGAGUUUGCCAGGAUGAUUGCGCAGAGCCACCACAAUAUCCGGCUACUCGGGCGGCAGUACCAGCUGGUGAAUGAUCGGUUGAGCGGUAGCAAGGAGUACGUGAGACAGCUCGUGAAGGAGCAGAAGCGCGCGGAAAAGGAUGGCGUGGAUCCCGGUGUUGGGUUUGAUUCUCAAAUAGAGGACGAGGAUUUGAUGGCUGGCAUUUUGGCUCAUGUUUGA